UUAGUUACACCACUCCCACACACUCCUCACGUCACUCCCACUUGCUCCACAACCAAAAAACACAUUCAUUCAUUCUCCUACAUAUCAACACCACCACAUAACCAACAUUUCCUCACCAAAAAUACCCUCUGUUUCUCUCCACAGAAACAGAAAAAAUGCAUCCCUUCACCCUCUCCCUCAUCUUCCUCUCCUUCACCCUCCUCACUCUCACAGAUGGAGGUUCAAUUGGAGUAAACUAUGGACGCAUAGCAAACAAUCUACCAUCAGCAACAAAAGUAGUUCAUCUUCUCAAAUCACAAGGCUUAGACCGUGUCAAAGUCUACGACACAGACCCAUCAGUACUCCGAGCACUCUCCGGUUCCAAAAUCAAAGUCACAGUCGAUCUACCAAACCAACAACUCUUCGCAGCAGCAAAAGCACCAUCUUUUGCACUCUCAUGGGUCGAACGAAACGUCGUCGCUUACUACCCACACACCCAAAUCGAAGCCAUUGCUGUUGGUAACGAAGUUUUUGUAGACCCAAAUAACUCAACAAAAUACCUCGUACCCGCCAUGAAAAACAUCUACAGAGCUCUUCAAAAACACAAUCUACACUCAGAUAUCAAGGUUUCUUCCCCCAUUGCUCUUUCUGCUCUUGGUAGCUCUUACCCUGCUUCAUCCGGGUCAUUCCGACCCGAAUUAAUCAAACCCGUUUUUCAACCCAUGCUUGAUUUUCUCCGUGAAACCGGUUCUUACCUUAUGGUUAACGUUUACCCGUUUUUUGCGUAUGAGUCAAAUGCUGACGUCAUUUCACUUGACUAUGCUUUAUUUAGAGAAAACCCGGGUCAGGUUGAUUCGGGUAACGGGUUAAGAUACUUGAAUCUUUUCGACGCUCAAAUCGACGCUGUUUUCGCAGCUCUUUCUGCUUUGAAAUAUGAUGAUAUAAACGUCGUCGUUUCGGAAACAGGUUGGCCUUCAAAAGGUGAUAGUAAUGAAGUGGGUGCGAGUGUUGAGAAUGCAGCUGCUUACAAUGGUAAUCUCGUCCGUAAGAUCUUGACUGGUAGUGGGACCCCACUUAGGCCCAAAGCAGAUCUCACCGUUUAUUUAUUCGCGCUUUUUAAUGAAAAUCAAAAGCCUGGGCCCACUUCAGAGAGAAACUUCGGGCUUUUUUACCCUAAUGAAGAAAAAGUUUACAACGUUCCUUUAACCGUGGAGGCUCUUAAAAAUUACCAUGACAACCCCUCACCAGUUGCACCGGUUUCCGGUAAUACAAACCAGCCUACACCGGCGGUUGGCGGUAGUGGAAGCGGUGGUGUUUCUAAGAGUACUACCGGGAACACGUGGUGUGUUGCGAAUCCUUAUGCUGAUAAAAAUAAGCUACAAGAUGCUUUAGAUUUUGCUUGUGGUGAAGGAGGUGCUGAUUGUCAUUCGAUUCAACCUAAUGCCACAUGUUAUGAUCCUAAUACAUUAGUUGCGCAUGCUUCUUUCGCGUUCAACAGUUACUAUCAGAAGCAAGCACGUGCUGGUGGAAGUUGCUAUUUCGGUGGCACGUCGUAUGUGGUCACUCAAGAGCCUAAGUAUGGUAACUGUGAAUUUCCAACUGGAUACUAAAAGGUGAAGAGAAGGCUAACAUAGGGAGCAGAUGGCUGAUUUUGCAUUGUGUAAAGUUUAUCAUUAAGGUGGUGGUGACAUGGGUGAAAAAUAUUUGAAGAUUUUUUUUGGGGUUGUGGAUUGCAUUAGUUUUAGUUGUUAGUAUUAUUAUUAUUAUUAUCAAUUAAAAUAAUAUAUUUAUUUGA